AGAGUCAGACUCAGACAUGCUGCUGUGGUCCCAAAUGACGCAUGCGCAGUGAAGGCAGGGGUACCGUUCGAUCUGGGACACACCCAAUCAAACUUUGUCAUGCGAUGCUCUGAUGCCUUUGGAGGUGGACAUCCUUGAGUUUGUGGUUCCUGUGGAGAACAAUAAGACUUUGCUCAUUUGGGACAUCGAGCCAUCACUGACUGCGGCCCAAAUCCACGUGGCGCUGUGUCAAGUCUUCUCCACCUUUGGACCUCUGUAUCUGGUUAAAGUGUGUCCUAAUGCCCCAGUGGCCUCACCGGGGUUCUACGCCAUCAUCAAGUUCUACUCUGCAGCUCAGGCAUCAAAAGCACAACGGCAGACUGAUGGACAGAUGCUGUUCCAAACGUCUCCACUCAAAGUGAGGCUCAGCUCCAGACAGACUCCUUCAACCUUAUCGAGGAGCACCAGGCUGCUCAGCCACACCCACUGCCUGGAUCUGGCCAAUCACUGCCUGGGAUUCAACAGCUGGUCAUCACACGUCAUUACACUGAAGGAGCUCAGUGAUGACGAUGAUGAAGAGCUGCUGGACGGGCAGAGGAGAUUCCGGUUCUGCUGCCUCAUCCAGCUGACGUUUCCUCACCAUGGACAGACCACCAGAGGAGUGGCAGUGGUGGAGGACACCUUCAUGGAUACAGGUCCAGAGCUCGUCCUGCAGAAACGUGGUAAACUCCAGAAAUCCGUCAGAGAGGAAGCCCUGGUCCAAGCUUUCAGCACAGUACUGCUUGUACUGCUAGGUAACCGUAAGGUCAUGGUGGAAGUGAAACAGAACUCCAAUCAGUUCCUCCAUGAGCUGACAGAGGGCGCCAUGCAGGUAAACGAGUGGCAGCCGGAUGUGGAUGACGACCUUGAGGAACAGCGACAGCCGUAACCUCAGGAAGGAGUUAGCUGCUUGAAUUAAAGUGAGACACUAAAGGUGGCUGAAUUUAACAAACACACAAAGAUUUUGUGUUCAGCGUUUGCAACAUUUAUUGUAAGCAGGAAGAGUGACGAUAUGGAAACCUGCCACUGGACGCAAGAACUCAAAGGACUACAAACACUGAUGUGAAUAUCUAUGGGAAGGUUCUCCAGGCUCAUAAGUAUUUGGACAGACUCACAUUGGGCUUGGACUAUUUCAGCAGAUGGUUGCCAUGGAAAUGUGCUCAGCAUCACAAGGUUUUAGAAAACUAUUGGCCCCCCAAAAAAGGUACAACACAAAGGUCUUCCAACACCACUGUUUAAUUUCAGAACAUUACAUGAAUACAUCAGUGAUUAAAUGUCAUACUUUUUACAAGGUUUUGUUGUCAAGGUGACAACAUGCACCUCAGAUACACUGAAUAAUUUGGCAGACUUGCUGUUGUAGCAUUGCUGCUAUUUUAAUUUUUUUUCACCACUGGUUACAUGAAACAGCACUUAAAUAAAUGUACAGGUGUGAAACUGAGGUCACAACGUUUGACACGAGGGCAGUUGCAGAACGGCUCUGAUAAUGUUUCAGUGUUUUCCAAAAAGCUUUGCCAUCGUUGGCUUCACCACAUUUACACUUUCACAGUAACCUGUCAUUGUUAAACAGUUGUGGUAAGUGUACACGGAUUGGGUGUGUUGAGAAAAUUAGGCUGGAAUCUUCCAAUCCAGCGCCAGUAUCAGCUUCUGUGUCACUGUUCACACUGGGUGCACAAUGUGUGGUUUGGGGUGCAGUAGGCUGUACGAUUUCACCCUAAGAGUUUGCUCUCGCUCUGCUGAUUUUAAAAAUACUUGUAUAUCAACUGACUGAAAGCUUAACGUGAAUUUAUUUUUAAAAAUUAGAGUUGCAAGCAAAUAUUAAGGGUCCAAGCACCUCCUGUGCCACCGUGGAUCCAGGCCUGCAUCAAGCAGGGGCCACAGAGCAGCCUUGCAAGACCUGCAUGAUAUUUUUGGAGCACGUUCAAGCUCUGAAAUUUAUUUGAAAAUAAUGCUUUGCAGCACCAUCUACUGCUGCAGUUCCACCACAUUUCGCACUGUGGUUAGAACAGGCCAUCCAUAAAUGUCACAUUUCAUGCCAUUUGGUUAUCCCAUUAAUGAGAAAACCCAUCAUUAAAUAGCAUCACAUAUGGUCAAACUCAAACUUAUAAACGAAGUAAAAAAAAAAAAAAACAAAUUCAAGGUUUCUGGUCCAAUUUUUCAGUCACAGUCCAGAGAAUGUUUUGACACCCAUCUGGCCUUUCUGCGUCAAAAAUC